UGGCAAGAGGCGGAGGCAGAAGGGGGUUGAAUACUGAAAAAAGACUUGUAACUGAGAGAGAAAAGAUGACGUUGUCUCGCAGGCGUGAUGAGGAGGGGGGAAACAAAGAAAAUGAGACAAAGGAUGGGACGUCGACUUCGACCGAGCAUGCAAGCAAAUCAAAUGCUUUGAUAACACGCAUGCAAAUAACUCUGAAGGAGACGAGUGACCAGAUUCACGUGUUGGAAGAGAAAUUUGAAAGCUCAAAAGAGUUUGCGAGAGCGACGAGGGAGAAAGUGAACCAAUUGGAAAGGAAUUGGAACGAGGAAGUCGUACAAUUCAGAACCAUGUACGGACAAAAGUGGAAAAGUUAUAGAAAGAAAUGGAUAAAGAAAGAUUUGGAGGCGAGGGAAGAGGAGAGGAAGAAACUACACGAAGAGAGAAUGAAGGAAGUAGGUGAGAAGUUGAAAACCGUGAAAGAAAAAAUGGAGGAGUUGAAGGCAAAAGAAAGAGAAAUAGAAAAGAGGGAAGCCGAAGUGAGAAAGGGUCUGGGGAAAGGGGCAGGGAAGGGAACGGAAGGGGAAAGAGAAGGGGAGGAGAAAGGAGAGGUGAUGAAGAUGUUGGCAGACAAGAUGAAAAAUCUGGAGAAACUAAUAAUGCAUGUGAUGGCGGUCGAGAAAGAAAAGGGAAAAAAAAUUAAGAAAAAAGAAAAAAGAAGGCAGGAAAAUAUAAAGGAGAGGGAAAUGGAGGAGAAAGCGAUGGAAGAGACAGCAACGGUGGAAGAGAAGGUACUGUUGGGAGGGAAAGGGAAUGAAAAUUUGGGAGGAGACAGCACUGCAGAGGAGGAGAGGGAGCCAAAACGACAGAAAUCCAAUAGGGAUUUGCGAAGGGAAAGAUGGAUCAAUAACAUGUUUUGCUGGUAUUGCAAGUCGCAAGGGCAUGCAGCUCCUAGACACUGUGCCGCUCUUCGUGAGGACGAGGAGAAAGGUUACGUCUGGCAUGAGGAAGGCUUGAACAAUCAUGUACUAUAUUUCGAUUGGAUGGGCAAAAAGAUUCUGCGAGUUGCGGGUAAGGCUUCUGCGAAAUUUUGUACGAUCGCCUCCGUCGUGCAGGUCUGCUUUCAGGUCGGGGAACACAGCACUGUGUUUCACUGUAGGAGCCUAGAUCGAUCCGUCUUAGGGAGAACGGUAAUGGAUGGUAUUUUCGAGGAGGAUGAGAUCGGUGCUUGCAGCUUGUGCGCCAGCAUUUCGAAAGUAGUGCGGUGGGCGACGGCAGGCGGAGACAAAAUUUGUUCGUGUUGGUUGCACGCACUUUCAGGCGGGGAAUGCAAUUUGGGGGACGGUCAUUCUGUGGGUCGUGUGGGUAGAAAAACAUCAGAUGCGUUGGGGGAUUUGGCCGUCGAGAACGGGGCAGUGGAAUCGGUGAACCACAUGGCACGUCUUCAUUGGCGUUCCUGUUUUCAAAUCCCUGUACGGGAUGAGGAGGAGGGGGGGGGGUACAAGGAGCGAGGCGCCGUAAGGGAGGAAGCAAUGAAAGAAGUUGUUCGGGGGGCAUUGAAUCCUCCUUCGGCAGAAGACCGUAAACCCGUCAUUGUCAUUUUACGACUCAUGGAUAGAAAAUUUUACGAGGAAUUGGAAGAAACUGAAGUGUCGGAUAAGCACAUUGUGGGAUGGAGAGAAAAUGUGGAGAGAGGGACAUCGGACAACAUAAAAAGACGGAUGGCUGCUUUGAAUAGGUCAAACGAAAACGAAAUGGGUUUGCACGCUACAGUUUGCGUUGGACUCGCGGGCGGUAUUGAUUGUGGCAAUGAAUAUGUGAUUCUAUCAGAGCAUCGCAAUAUCGGUCGAGUGGGUGGGGAUGUUGGUGGGCAUCGGCUCAUCGCAAUGAAUUUGGAGGAGUUUGUCAUUCGCACAUGCGAGAUAUGGGAGCCGGUUGUGAGUAGCAAAUUGAAUUUCGUGGAGCCACAUUACAUCUUGCUGCCGAUAUCGAGCGAGAUGGGGGGAGCGACCCCCUCUAUCGUGGGGGAGGAGCACGAGGGAAGGAGGGUCAGAAACAGAGUCAAUCCCUCGGCAAUUGGAAGUCGGGGGAGAGAGGAAGAUAAUGAAGGGAGAAGGGGAGAGGAUAAUUAACCUUCACACGGAAGGGGAGACGAUGAAGGAAGGGAAGACGAACAGAGAAGAAAAGAGGGAACGAAUGAUGAAGCAGUAGUAGGGUUGACAGGGGAACAGAGGAGAGAGAGUGGAGGAAGGUCGAAAGAGAACAUCGUGCAAGCACCCGCGAAUGCAACGGCUCCU